AUGCCUGGGUCCAGAUCUUGUAAAAGUACAACAUGCAUAUCAUUUUAUUUAUUUGAUUCUUUCUUUCUUUCUUUUUCAUUCUUUCUUUCUUUCUUUCUUUCUUUCUUUCUUUCUUUCUUUCUUUCUUUCUUUCUUUCUUUCCAACGUCAUUUCCUUCUAUCUUUCUUCUUUCUUUCUUUCUUUCUUUCUUUCUUUUUUCUUUCUUUUUUUUUUUUCUUUUCAUUUUUUUUCUUUUUUUUUUUUCAACGUCAUUUCCUUCUUUCUUUCUUUCUUUUUUCUUUCUUUCUUUCUUUUUCUUUCAUUUCCUUUCUUUCUUUUUUCCUUCUUUCUUUACCUUCUUUCUUUCCAACGUCAUUUCCUUCUGUCUUUCUUCUUUCGUUCUUUCUUUCUUUCUUUCUUUCUUUCUUUCUUUCAUUUCCUUCUAUCUUUCUUCUUUCUUUCUUUCUUUCUUUCUUUCUUUCUUUCUUUCUUUCUUUCUUUCUUUCUUUCUUUCUUUCCAACGUCAUUUCCUUCUAUCUUUCUUCUUUCUUUCUUUCUUUCUUUCUUUCUUUCUUUCUUUCUUUCUUUCUUUUAUUUCUUUCUUUCUUUCCAACGUCAUUUCCUUCUAUCUUUCUUCUUUCUUUCUUUCUUUCUUUCUUUCUUUCCAACGUCAUUUCCUUCUAUCUUUCUUCUUUCUUUCUUUCUUUCUUUCUUUCUUUCUUUCUUUCUUUCUUUCUUUCUUUCAAUACCACAUUAAAAUACAAAAUAAAAAUAUUAUCGUUUUAUUCAUUUUUCUUUUUUUUAACAUUCGAUCAUUUUCUUUCCAUCUUUUUUCAUUAUUUCAAUAACUUAUUAAAAUACAAAAUCUUUCUUUCUUUCUUUUCUUUUUUUCUUUUUUUUCUUUUCUUUUUCUUUAUUUAUUUCUUUUCCACCCUUCUUUCUUUCUUUGUACCCUUCUUUUUAUUUCUUUCUUUCCUUCUUUCUUUCCUACUUUCUUUCUUUCUUACAAUACCUCAUUAA